AUGGACGCUGUAGACAAGACCGACAUCAUCCUCGCGCUCUCGCACACCCCGACCGAGGACUACAUGGCGCAAAUGGUCGCACGGACCAAGACGCACGAGUUCCGCAAGCUGCGCUACCCGGACACGGUGCGCCGCAUGUGGUUCUACGAGACGGCGCCCAUGAGCGCCAUCACGCAUGUGUGCGAGUUCGUGCUGGGUUCUGCGCGCCCCGCGGCAUCCGAGCCGACGACGGCGUGGCAUCUCCCCACGGGCGGGAUUGGGAACGCCGAGUUCAACAGCUACCACCCCGACUGGGAGCGCUACAACUUCGCGUACGAGAUCAAGUCGGUCACCCGCCUCCGCGUGCCCGUUACGCUCGCGACGUUGAAGGAGGAGUACGGGUUCAAGAGCGCGCCGCGGGGCAUGGUGUAUGUGCCCUCUCAGUUGAAGGCCGACGUGCAGCUCGACAAGCAGGAGUGGCUGUGGUGA